UAUUGACAGAAGGUAAAACUAAUGACGGCUUUGCAACUCGCUGCCACACACCUCCAGUAUGUUCCGUGUCGUUCCAAGUCCUCCCUGUUGUCAGCCAAUCUUAGCAGUGUAGUUUGAGGAAAAGUCUGGAAAGGGUGUGUUUCUUUCAAGGUGACUUGGGAGUGAAUCAUUAUGGAAUGGCUUACCUCUUCAGAGUCUCGGGCCGUUAAUGAUAAUGUGUUGGAGAGCCCUAAUAAGCUUAGCCAGUCUCUAAGUGAUAUUUCCAAUGUGCACAAACCAUGGGUGUCCAAUGGGGGGCUCGUUGCAAAAAACAAAUAUGUGCACAGUGCAAAAAGUUGCCUUGAAGCUCGAUCGCUUGUACAGUGGGAUUCUAGCGAUGCUUCCACAAUUAAUGAGUGCACUACAGAACUUGAAGAAGGGUCGUUAAUGAAUGUAAAGGAAAAAGAUAAGAGUUUUAAUUCUAGAACUCUGGCCUACCAUGAAGGCUGUAACGGCCAAGAAUUGUAUAUGGACGAUGAAAGUGAAGAUGAUAUGCUUAAUCAUUUAACCAGUUCUUAUGUGGACCAGGAUGACUCUUGUGACGAUUCACCCUUGAAUAAAUCUGCGUUUUCACUCAACAGCACCCUUGAGCUACUAGAAGACUUCUUGAUCUCUCCUUUCCGUAGGAUCCAUGACAAAGUAAGGAAGAAGCUCCAAACGGUGGCAUCGCCAAUCAAAUAUGAACAUCUUGAUGAAAAUGGAAAUUGCAUUAAAUUUUUGGAGGAUGAGAAGGAAACUUCUUGUAUUAGAGGAAUCUUACAAUGCGACACGGUGUUAGAUGAUGAAAGUCCAUUGUCAUCAAAUCUCUCAUCGCCUCAUUUGGAUAGUACUAUGCAAUUCUCUGAGGAUGCUUCAACUAGCUAUCAAGGAGCAUUAAGUAACGACUGCAUAUUAGGAGUGGAAAAAUCUUUUGAUGUCAGUGUUAAUAAUGCUAUAGAGGCUGAAGAAGAGGACAAGACGCCAAGGGCACCGUGGAACUCUCCGGUAUUAGACACUGAAGAAACAAAUUACAAAACCCCGAAAUCGGAGAUUGAACAAAUGGUGUCGUGGCAUUCGCCAUUAUUUAGAAAACUGAUUAAUUCCCCUUUGCUUAAUAAAUUUGAAGCAAAGUCUGAAGGUUAUUUGUGCCAUAUCCAUGCUCCUUCGUGGCUGGUGUGGCGUCCCAAGAUGCAGGCCUUCAUCUGCAACUUUGAAAAUAAAGAUGAGAUCAAAUUGCAAGUUGAUCUAAUGUUGGAAGAACCAAAUCCAGAAGAACACUUUAAUAUUGUUCGUGGCCACGACAAUUCAGCACCAGAGGUGGGCGAGGAGCGUAUACUGUACAUACCUCGCGGCAUGGUGUGGGUACGGACCUCCAGCUCCGGCUUCCUCACCACCAGGGCGCGGCUUGAGCAGCUCACCUUGUCCCACACACUACCUAGUACCUGGCGGGUUGUUUCUAGGAAAACUAAGGUCACAAGGUUAAAAAAAUCCUAUGGCAAGUAUCUUCAUUUAUAAUGGAACUUAUCGCAUUAAUGAGUAAAGAGGAAUGAGUUAUAUUAUAAAGGCUGCUCAAUUUUAUUUGGUUUGAGGCUGUUAAAAUUAAAUUUAGAAUUCGGACCCCCUUGUACAUUAUAUUAGUAGCUAAGUAAAUAAGAGUAACCUGUUAUUGUCGAGACGCCGACUACGGUUUUUGGGAAAGUGCUUAUAGUAAUGUGAAAUAUAUAUUAUAAGCACAUGCUAAUGUUUGGAGACAUGCAUUGAAUGAUUGUAAAUGUUUAAUUUUACCAAGCUGCCUAGACAAUGUAAUAAGUUAUGUACAACAGUAUCUAAUUUAGUAGCCCCCUGUACUAGUAUUAAUGUACGUAUAGUAAAAAAAUAUCUAUCCUACUAACGUAUGCAAUGUACAAAAACCUAACAUACCUCCUGAUGUAGGCAUUAUAUAUAAAAGCAUUUUUAGACUUUUGUAAUAUCCAGUGUAAAAUUUUAUUAAAUUUUAUCUGUACAGUAUACAGUACUUGGUCAUAGCCUAAUUACUACAGUGUCUAGCAGGCGUAAAAUCCCUAUAAUAUACAUUAAUAACAAAUGUUUAUAAAUCAUAAUAACCUUAUGUUUUUAUUAGUCUUCAAAAAUAAAAAUGCACAUGUUUAAAUUAAAGGAUAUGUUAAUAUAAUAAAUAACGUUUAAUUGUG